AUGACUGGACUGCUGCCGGAUACCGACUACGAGUUUCACCUUCGCUUGGAAAGCCAUGCCGGUGCAGGUCGCGAAGCGACCUGCCGCUGUCGGACCAACAGUCGGUGUUCCAGCCCCUUGAACGUCGUCAGCGCCGGAGCUUCCACCACCUACGUGGACUUGCAGUGGUGCGCCCCAGAGGUGGUUGGCAACGAGCGAACCCAGGACCGCUGGCAGUUGAAUUCUGAGAAGAUCAUCCGUUAUGAGGCACUACUCUCCAUUGCAGAGGCGGUAGCGAAGGAGCGGAAAUCUCUUCUGAAGAGCCAGGGGAACUCAGAGACAGAGGGCAUGGCUCAAGAAUGGUGCCGAAAUCUUAUUUUCACCAAAGAAACUCGGCGUCUCGGCGUCCAAAUGUUCGCCAUUUUUGGUGCCAUGCUCCGCCUUGCAGCGCUUUGGGCUGCCGUGGUGGCUGAAACGGCCAACGAUUGUCUGGCGGAGGAUGCAGCGGCGGAUGCGGCGAAUUAUAUGUUGGAACACAAGGCCCUCAAAGUGGACAAGAAGGAUGAUUGUGUGGUCAAGGGACGCUAUCACUAUCCCAACAUGGACAGCAAGCGGAUCGUCGUGAGCAACUGGCAACAUUGUCAAUCCUAUUGUCGAAUCACGCCAAUGUGCAAAUUCUUCUCUUAUUGGCCUGACAAGGGCUGUCAACUCCAAGACUCGGAAGGUGACUUCCGCUGGGUCUCCAACAAAGCGUACAGUGAGGUGCUCUCGGGCCCUGCCGUCUGUGGGGAGGAGGAGUUGGGUGCUGCGCCCGGAGGGAACUCCAACUACUUGGACUUUUCCACCUCGUAUUGCGUGCAGAAUCCUACCGAUCCCUGCUGUCCCUGUGGUACUUGCUGUUUGCCCUUUUGCUCCACAGAUCAUAAAUGGUCCAUUCGGGAUGGAUGUCCCAAUGCUGCUGCAGGAUAUUGUGAUGUCCCCAGCGCCAAGUCGUCAUGCUAAAACUGAACUAAAACUGUACAACAAAAGUCUCCAAAACUGAGCUUCAGUUCAUCGUUAAGCAUUUCCCGCCUGAGCUUCGGCAUUGCCUGCGUUGAGGGGCGGUGCGCAAAAGCCGCAGCCACUGCCAAAACGAGCGAAAUGAGGAUCUCAGAGGAAAAGAA